GUAUUGUUCUUAUUUGUAACUAUGUGCCUCUGGACAAAAACAUCAGCCAAACCCGAUAAGCAUAACACACCAAAGUCGACAGAACGACUUUGCUACUAGGAAAUAUGGACCUUCCGAGGAGCACGCGAAGGCAGCAUGCGUGCUGGAUUUGGACAAUGGCUAGUGAUUGGUCCUUCGAUGCAGUGACCGCCUACUCGUUACCGGAUGUUUGUGACAGACAGUGGAUGUCAAAAAAGAAAGAAAAAAAGAAGUGGGAAGUCACUAACGAGAGAGCGCUAUCACCGGAAAUAAGGGCACUGAUAGAGAAGGAAUCUGUUGCAAGCGCUACACAGUGACAGCCAGAGGACCGCCAUGUCCUCUGCCUCAGAAAUUCUGGUGGACUUCCAGGAUGAGCUUGCUGGAGACGACUCCCCCAGCGCGGCCUUAGACCAUCUGAAGUUGUCACCAAUGGAGGAUAAGCAGUGGCCUUCCGAUGACCUGGCCAGCAUGAGCAAGUCUGAAACAGAUAUCAAGCAUUUGGGUCAGGGUUCUCAUUUGGCUUGGGAUGACCCUUACUAUGACAUUGCUCGACACCAAAUCGUUGAAGUGGCUGGGGAUGACAACUUUGGCAGAAAGGUCAUAGUGUUCAGUGCCUGCAGGAUGCCUCCCCACCACCAGCUGGACCAUCAGAAGUUGCUGAUGUACCUGAAGCACACUCUGGACCAGUAUGUUGAGAGUGAUUACACCCUCAUCUAUUUCCACCAUGGUCUCACCAGCGAGAACAAGCCUUCACUCAGCUGGCUCAGGGAUGCCUACCGGGAAUUUGACAGAAAAUACAAGAAGAACAUCAAAUCCCUGGUCAUAGUGCACCCUACCAUGUUUGUCAGAACACUCCUCAUCUUAUUUAAGCCUCUAAUUAGCUUCAAGUUUGGACGCAAGAUUAGUUACAUCAACUACCUGAGUGAGCUAGAUGAACUAUUGAAGUGUGAGCAGCUCGUCAUUCCAUCCCGAGUGAGAGAAUACGAUGCAAAGAUCCGGCAGGCUUUGAAGCCUUCUGCACAGGGCCCCAAGUCCCCUCCACGCAGCCCUCCUCUGCCCAAUCAGCAGUUUGGAGUCCCCCUGACCAUGCUCAAACUUCGGUCAGCAGAUCCUGAAGGGAUUCCAUUGGUAAUGCGAGAUACCAUUGAGUUCUUAAAGGAUCAAGGUCUGGAGAUGGAGGGCAUAUUCCGACGGUCCGCUAAUGUCACUCUGGUGAAGACUGUUCAAGAGAAAUACAACUCCGGUGAGGGAGUAAAUUUCGCUCAGAUGGAAGAUGUGCAUUUAGCUGCGGUCAUUCUGAAGACAUUCCUGAGAGAACUUCCUGAACCCCUGCUCACAUAUCAGCUGUACAACGACAUCAUCAACUUCCAAAAUGUUGAAGGCACCUCUCAAGUAGUGACCAUUCGAAACUUGCUGGCAAUGCUCCCACAAGAGAACUACGCUUCCCUCAAGUUCCUCACCCUGUUUCUAGCUGAAGUGUCCGCGCGCAGUGAGGUGAACAAGAUGAACAACGCUAACCUGGCCGUGGUGUUUGGACCCAAUCUGCUGUGGGGGCGGGACGCUGCCAUGACACUCAGUGCCAUUGGACCCAUCAACAACUUCACAAGAUCCCUAUUGGACAACCACCACGAGGUCUUUUCUGUUUAGAACUUCACCCCCCCCACCCCCCCUUACUGGCCCAUCUAUGCUCUUCCUCUAUCAGAUCCAUCUCAGUGUAGCUUCCAUGUGACCCUACUCCCCUUCGUACUCUGUGUUGCCAAAUGCAUGAGUGUUGUGAGAGGCGCAGGACACUCGUAAAACAAAGAUUCUAAAGAUCCUAAUGAUUCUGAGGGUAAAAGGACGAGUGGUCAGAGAAGAUGAGAAGAUGCAGGGAAUUUUCACCUUGAUCUGGACCUACUCAGCAAAUUAUUUUUUUGGAAAUAUGAAUGGUCAAUAAUUUUGGUACUGUAAACAUGUGGACAAUCAAUUGUAGCCCUUUCCCACUGAACUGCCUCAGCUGUUGAGAAUUGCUGUCCUAGACAAUAUUACGUUAAAGGUACUGAACAUUAUACAUAUAAUCAGUUUUGUGGGGUGAAUAAUUGGGGUGUGAAAUUCAGCAAAUUAUUUCACGUUGAGAUGACUUUCAUAGGGCUUAUUUUUCAUUCAGGUAUGAAACAGUAGUAAUGGAUCCUCUGAAGAGACUGAAAUGUUAGUCAGGGAGUUUUUUUCCGUGUCUUAUUUUUCCAAUUACGGAAAAUAAUAGCUGAUGGUUGUCUCACUUAGAUACAUAGUUUGCCUAAAAUUAUGUACACAUAUAAAGCACUAAAAUUUAAAAACUUGAAUGGUUUUUAAAUUUAUGAAUAUAUUUUAUGAUACUUGUGUAUACAUUGUGUAUUGCCUUGAUACCUUUUCUUUUAUGGGCUGCGUUGACUGUACAUCAUGCUGAAUCAGUCUGGGGGAUGUUUGGGGUUGAGAUAUUUGAAGGGCAUGUUAUUAUCUCUAUAGAUAAUUAUAGUCUAAUCAUCUAAUUCUCUUUGUAAUACAUUUUCCUUUACAAAACUAAUCCUGCUAAAAAAAUCCAUCUGCUACUGUUAUUUUAAUUUCAUGUAAGUCAUGUUUUUGUUUUGGUCUUACUCCAGGGUCAUUAUCAAUAUUCUGUAGCUCUUUCAUUUGACCAAAUUUAACAACAUUACUGCUUCACGGACUAUCGGUUCAGUAACCACAGGGGACCUUAUUAGGACAUGGGUGAAUAUUGGUGAUCUGGAAAGUACACGCUGGUUGGAGAUGCACAAGGUCUGCUGAACAUCAGUAAAAGCAUUCAAAGAUUUCUGCUCGGUUAGUCCCACCUGAUUGGUCCUGCUUCCCACGGCUUUCCAACUCCCUUGCAGAGCAUGUCUGGGGCUGAUGUCCUGCCCCCUAGAUAUAUAUAUAUAUAUGUCUAUCUCCUGCCCCCUGUGUAUGCCGCUAUUUCAGAGGUUCAUAUAUGUACAUACUGUGUGCCUGGAUGAUCUAGGAUGGUAUAUCACAUGAUCCUCAUGGCUGUUUUAAGGCCCAUGGCGUUGGGCAGCCUGACUGCUUACUGCGUGUACUCUCGUAAAACAGUAACUCUACUAGUUUUUCUAACUGUAGAUGUAGCAUGUUUAUAUGACUACAAUCUGUAAUGAUACUGCCAGUCCCUUAAAGCAGUUGGACCAAAAGGACUUUUGAUUAUAAAUGAUUUGAAUGAUGUGCAUCCCACUCCUAUAUGCAUACAGAUUAAUCAAAGCAUUCCAAAAAUUCACUUCAGAAAGGGUAUAGCUUUUGUUUUUUGAAUCUUAGCAUCUACCUGCAAGAUUUUUGUUUAGUGCUGAUCACCCUCUGUGUCUCUGCAGCAAGAUCACCCCUUUGCCCUUUUCUCCACAUCAUUAACCAGCUUAACCCGCUCUCCAGCCACCAUACUGUGAGACAGUGGUCUAGCAUAAAAGUGAGCCUGGGAGCUCUGGGCCUGUGAUAUGACUGUGGCACCCUAGAAGAUACAGUACCUCCUAUGUUCCCUACCCAAUGCAAUAGAGAUAUUCUUGUGCUGUCACCAUUCCUGUCCUGUGUUUGAACUUGUGCUUUGUUGUGUUGUGGUGUUCUCCAAAGAUGUAGAUUCCUCCUAACCCCAGUCUGUGAAGGAAUAGUCCUUGCCUCGGGGACAGAACUGUAGUUUUAGUCAGUGAGGACAAAGAACUUGACAUUUAUUUAAUUGAUGGUGUGUUAAGAGUAUCUUGCCUAAACACUACAGGAGCACACAGUACCUAAAUCCUCUGAGUGUACAAAACACAAGAUGUGUGCAUAAUUCUAUUUCAGUACAAAAGAUACACUUUCUUGUGUCAGUCUGUGGAUGGAGUGUUUAUAGUGCUUGUCAGACAAAGGCAUUUCAAGUGGUUUCCUUCCCUUCAACUUGUAUUUGGAGUUUCACAAUCUUUGUCUUCAAUAAACUUAGAACAGUGCAAAUUGAAAGAAUUUGCAAUGUGUUGCACCUUGUCAGGUAGUAGAUAUUUAAAAAGCCAGAUGAACUGUUUUCAUUAAAGUGUUGUAUGCCUCUUCAAGUGAACGUAUUGUUUCCUGUGUAUGAAAUCAUGUCUGUACAUCAGUGGCUUAUAUUGUUUUCUAGCUCAUCAACCUUUGUGUGUGUGUAUGUGUGUGUGUGUGUGUGUGUGAGUGAGUGUGUGCCUUAAAAAGGACAGGACAUUAUUUUAGCCAUCAAAAAAUCAACUGAUCCAGUACCGUGGAAUUUUGUGCCAUUUGGUUUUUUACUGUAAUUCCAGCACCAAUCGGUUUACCUGUGAUGUGGACAAUUUUCAGCUUGGGGGAAAAAGUGUUUCUUCUAUGCUAAGAUCUUUGUUUCCAUCAAGGCUAUUCAAUUAUAAUGUUUGGCUUUUGAAAUUCUAGUUUUGUACAUCAUCUGUGGUAAGUGAAUUCAAAGACAAAUAAACUAUAAAAGGUGAAAAAA